AUGACUGGCUACAUCAGGGAUGAGAAGGUUAACGAUGGCGAGUCGCAUGGGGGAUGUAAGGAGUUUGAAGUUCCAGGAAUUGUCAUCCAGCGUCAAUCGAGUUCAGGUCUCGUGAUCGCCGUCAGGGAAGAGGGCCAACAGAACAAGGAAGACGGCCAUCGUCGAACGUUCCACCCGCAAUAA